GAUGAUAAUCCAAGACGGAAUCUGUCGAGCCUCGGUGAAUCUUCAAUCUUACAUAUUUGAAUUUAUGUGAUUAGUAUUAUAGCAACAGAUGAAUGGAAGAUAAUCUACUUUAACAAUUUAAGAAGAUGAACCUUUUGCCUCACAGCCACACUGAAUUUCAUUCUCCAGAGUACUGGGACAACUUUUUCAAAAAAAGAGGAACCAAAGCUUUUGAAUGGUAUGGAGAAUAUCCAGAAUUGUGUGGAGUUCUACACAAAUAUAUAAAGCCCAAAGAUAAAUUACUGGUUGUUGGCUGUGGAAAUUCUGUCAUCAGUGAAAAUCUGUAUGAUGUUGGUUACCAUGGUAUUGUGAACAUUGAUAUAAGUGAUAUAGUCAUUCGUCAAAUGAUAGACAAAAACCAAAGCAAAAGACCUGAUAUGAAAUUUCUUAAGAAAGAUGUGAAACAAAUGGAUUUUCAAGAUGGAGAAUUCAGUGCAGUGUUUGACAAGGGUACUCUUGAUGCCUUGAUGGUUGAUGAAACAGAAUCUGUUGUUGCAGAUAUUGAUGCUAUGUUUAAUGAAAUAGGACGUGUCCUUAAACAAGGUGGAAGAUACAUCAUAAUUACAUUGCUACAGGAUCAGAUACUGAAAAAAGUUUUUUCUUAUUUCCCUGAACUUGGGUGGCCGAUUAGAAUCCAUCUUAUCAGUACAGAUAGUUCAGAAAACAAAGAUUUCCACAUGCCAGUGUUUGCAGUAGUGCUGACAAAGUUCAAAAAGUUACCAAACAUGAAACAGAUCCUUGAAGUAUCAACAGUAGAAGAUAAAGUGGAGAGAUUUGAUAAUGUUGAUAGAGUGAAGGGAGUACUCAAAGAGAUGCAGUAUUAUGCAUUAAUUAGACAGCAGAUUAGUAAAAGAAAUAUGAGUAAAGAGCAUGUGUCUUUGUGUCUGUACAGUGAUAUAUCCACAUCACCUAGAUACACUUUACAUAUCGUUGACAGUACACAGAAUCUCAAACAGAAGUUUGCCAUUUUCAUUGUGCCACAAGGGAGAGAAACAGAUUGGCUGUUUGCAACAGAAGCUGGUAGGAAGCAGCUUUCAGAUUCUGCAGGAUUUGAAAGACUUAUUGUUGUAUGUUUACAUCGAGAUCAUACAUACACUGAUUUGGAUAGUAUAAAAACAGAACUUUCCUCUAAAGUUAUGGAGUUGACACCCCCAAAUUUCAAGAUAGGAGUACAGGUACCAUUCUUGUCCCUGGGACAGGAUAUUGGUAACAGACAUAUUAAGUGUAAAGGACACAGUGAUAUGAGUGGAGAGUAUGUUAUAGAAGAUGUGGAGGUGGAUGGAGAUAUGUACAGGAGACUGAUAUUCUCCUCUAAUCCUAACAUUGUACAGUCAGAGGCAAAGCUUAAAUCAGUAGGAAAGAAAAAAGGAAAGAAAGCAGGGAAGCUAAUUAUAGAUCCAGAUUAUUUGGCUUGUCAACAUCAUAUUUCUAUGAUAGCUGGUCUUGGAUUUGUCCCAGAUAUUCAUCAGUUGAAAGAUGGAAAACUAAGUGCUUUGUUGAUUGGUCUUGGAGGAGGAGGCCUAGCUACAUUCUUACAUCAACAUUUUAAACAGAUAAAUCUGAGUGUUGUUGAUAUAGAUGAUGCUAUGGUUAAUAUAGCAACCAAUUGGUUUGGUUUUGUUCAGGAUGAACUCCUCACUGUACAUGUUAGUGAUGGAUUAGAAUUGGUUAAGAAGGAAGUAGAAAAUGGUUUGAAACGUCAUGUGAUUAUGUUGGAUGUUGACAGUAAAGAUACUUCUGUUGGUAUGAGUUGUCCGCCACAGGCAUUUGUCGAAGAGGAAUUUCUGCUCAACUUAAAGAAACUACUUAACAAUAAUGGAGUAUUGAUAUUAAAUCUGGUUUGCCGGGAUGAAGAUAUGAAAAAGAAUGUGAUUAAGCGUCUUACAGAAAUUUUUCAUCAGGUUGUAGUGAAAGAUAUUGAGGAAGAAGUCAAUCAAAUAGUUUAUGCACAAAAUAGGACAGAACAGACUAACAGUGAAACAGGUUGGACUAAUGACACAUGUGAUAACAGUGCUAUGAAGAAUCCACCAACUUUAAUAAGUCCUGAAACAUCAAAAUAUUUGAAUUCUUGUGUAAAAGGAACUGAUAUUGAUCUUUCAGAUCAGUUUAAAAAUAUGAUUAUUAUAGAUAGAUAAAAAAUAAAUAUUUUUAAAGUGGU